AUGACUGGCCCCUCCGUGGAGAUCCCCCCGGCCGCCAAGCUGGGUGAGGCUUUCGUGUUUGCGGGCGGGCUGGACAUGCAGACAGACCUGUUCGCAGAGGAGGACCUGGGGGCCCCUUUUCUUCAGGGGAGGGCUCUGGAGCAGAUGGCCGUCAUCUACAAGGAGAUCCCUCUCAGGGAGCAAGGCGGGGAGCAGGACGAUUACCGGGGGGACUUUGAUCUGUGCUCCAGCCCCGGUCCGCCUCAGAGCGUCCCCUCGGGAGACAGGGCCCAGGACGAUGAGCCGUUCGGCCCAACCUUCCUCCAGAAAUCAGACCUGACUACGUACCGCAUCACGGGCAGCGCGGAAGCCGCCGAUCCGCCCGCUGGGGAGGCGGUGGGCAGGGGGGACUCGGUGGGCAGGGGGGACUCGGGCCCGGAGGGGCCGCCGGGGACCGCGCAGCCCGCCAAGCCCUACGCGUGUCGGGAGUGCGGCAAGGCCUUCAGCCAGAGCUCGCACCUGCUCCGGCACCUGGUGAUUCACACCGGGGAGAAGCCGUACGAGUGCGGCGAGUGCGGCAAGGCCUUCAGCCAGAGCUCGCACCUGCUCCGGCACCAGGCCAUCCACACCGGCGAGAAGCCGUACGAGUGCGGCGAGUGCGGCAAGGCCUUCCGCCAGAGCUCGGCGCUGGCGCAGCACGGCAAGACGCACAGCGGAAGGCGGCCGUACGCCUGCCGCGAGUGCGGCAAGGACUUCAGCCGCAGCUCCAGCCUCCGCAAGCACGAGCGCAUCCACACCGGGGAGAAGCCCUACGCGUGCCAGGAGUGCGGCAAGGCCUUCAACCAGAGCUCGGGCCUGAGCCAGCACCGCAAGACCCACUCGCUGCAGAGGCCGCACGCCUGCGAGGACUGCGGCAAGGCCUUCAGCCACCGCUCGCACCUGCUGCGGCACCAGCGCGUCCACACGGGCAAGAAGCCGUACGCCUGCGAGGACUGCGGCAAGGCCUUCAGCCAGAGCUCCAACCUCAUCGAGCACCGCAAGACGCACACGGGCGAGAAGCCCUACCGGUGCCACAGGUGCGGCAAGGCCUUCAGCCAGAGCUCGGCGCUCAUCGAGCACCAGCGCAUCCACACGGGCGAGAAGCCCUACGAGUGCGGCCAGUGCGGCAAGGCCUUCUGCCACAGCUCGGCGCUCAUCCAGCACCAGCGCAUCCACACGGGCCGCAAGCCCUGCGGGUGCAACGAGUGCGGCAAGGCCUUCCGCCACCGCGCGGCGCUCAUCGAGCACUACAAGACCCACACGCGCGAGCGGCCCUACGAGUGCGGCCGCUGCGGCAAGGCCUUCCGCGGCAGCUCGCACCUCCUCCGCCACCAGAAGGUCCACGCGGCCGACAAGCCCUAG